AUGGCGGUGAAGGACAUCGUGGGCCUCUUCGAGUCGCGCUCCCCACCAUCCUCAUCUCGCACUCAAUCUGCACAAGACCGCAAGGCGUCGCAGCACGGCACGUCUCCUUCACCACCCACACCCAAGGCACCCUCGUCACAUUCCGCGCUUGGCCUCCCCUCACCAAGUCCUGCCAGGUUCAUCGCACACCCUCUACUGCGCAGGCGGGAGCCCAGCUCGGCAGACCAGGAAGAUGACCCAACUCUUCCAGACCCUUCUGUUUCCGGAGGAUCGUCGACAGCCUAUGCUCCCCUCAGUAAUGUCGAUGACGAAGAGACAACACCCUCGGCCGGCGAUGCGGAUGUGACUGAUGAGCUCUUGUCUGUCUCGGGCCGUCAGCAAAGCGUCUUCGCUCGUGGCAGCUCUCGGCCACACGCUUCUGGCUGGGCGAAGAGGGUGGAUGAUCGCGAUGAAGACUCAGCCAUUGAGCUUGGCACACUACUGCCCGGCAACACAGGUUCGUCGCAAACGGUGUCUAUCCCUGGUACCUCCGGGUCUUGCUCCGAAUCGCGGUCACGAUUCCAAGUGGAGACGGCGUCCGUCGCUUCUACGUCUACAGUGUACAAGAAUGCACCGCUCUCCUCGUCUACGGUUACCCUUGUGCAAACUUCGCGCGUCCUAGGACCGCAUACACCCAUCCCUCUGUCGCAGAUCUUAGCUCGAAAUGCUGCUCCGGUAUCGCUUCCCAGGUUGGACGAGUACAUCUCGACCCUCGAAGCACCUUCGUUUCCCAUCACCCAUGCAGCAAACGGCAAGGGGAAGGACAAAGCUCUAGAUAUCGCGCCGUUUCCGCCACUGGAGAAGCUCAAGGGCACCACUAUCGCGGACCUCGAGAAUAAUUCUUCUGUCGCACCUGCAUGGAGGAACCGAGAUACCAUUUUCUCCGGCCUACUCAACGUUGCGCUCAGCAUCACAGGCUCAAGCGCGAUAGCCUCAUUCUACAGCGUGCAAGGGCUGGUGGACACGCUUCAAAUAUUCGCAUUGCUCCUGAGCACCUUCUUCUCACACGGGGUGAAAUCGGAGGGCAACGUGCGAACCAUCCUGUUGCAGACAAUCCCGAACAUCCUUGCCCUCAACUUCGCUUCGACCUUGGUGCAGUCCUUGAUCUUACUCAUCAUCUUGAUGGUCAUAGCGGGCGUUCUGCUCUAUUGCUUCAUGAGGAUGACGUCUGCCUGCUGUUCCGCCGUCGUGCCAGAGGGGAUACAGCCCACCACGUAUCUCAAGAACACGUGGGCUGUUGUCUUAACAAGUUUUGUCCUGACAGUCAUCUAUCUUCCCUUGAGCACGAUGGCGGUCCAUGUUCUUGUCUGGUCGGACGACUUGUGGGCAGUCCAAAACCCGUAUACCAAUGCGACUUCCUUACCUCCAGUCGUCCUGCCCCUAGGCCCACCGGAUGAGUUUCGUGACCCUCUGGACUUCUGUUAUACCACCACGAUGCUGCGCAACGAGAUCAAUUGGGCUCCUGCUGCAGUGAUACUCGCCCUGAUAUGUUUUCUUGGAUUAACGGUUUGGUAUCCGAUCCACCUCCACCGAACCAUCAACCUUGUGUAUCCGAAGGUUGACCGCUAUACCGAGCUUGGCGGAUUGCGAAGCCAAAGCGAUAUGGAUCGCGAGUAUCAGCGGCUUCUGGACCGAGACAAAAACCCGCUGUCCUUCCUUUAUAGUGGAUUCCGACGAGGCUGGGCGACGUAUCAAUCUAUGUACCUGUUUGCCAAGCUAACCACCCUUCUCCUCACGGCCGUCGUCAGCCCGGAUAACUGUCUAUUCCGAAAUAUUCCUUCACGAAAUAACGUCGCUGUUGCUCGCCAGAUCUUGCUCGUUAUCGCGAUGCUUGUGUUCUUCAUCUUGCAAUGCGUGUUCGCUCCUUUCUUGGACCCUGUCAACAACGCCAGCGAAUGGUUCUCUCGGCUCAACUACGUCUUGACUUCGGCAACUUCUCUUGCUGUCGCACUCAAUAUACCCGGACAAGCUAUCUUCAAUGGACCAGUGCUCUAUCUAAUCUAUAUAAUAACUUAUGGCCUCAGCUUCUAUUUUAUACUCAUCAACAUGGGCAUUGUUCGUCGAUGGGUCAAGAAGCUCGCGACUAGGAUUGAUUUCAGCAUCGAUAUAUUUUCACCUAGGCUGGAUUUGUCCCCUAAUUCCCCACACGCGAAGCGUCGGAUAUGGCAAGAGGCGAUUACCACAUUGCUCCUCACGGAUGAGCAUUGUCGUAUACCCAAGGAGCAGAAGAUGCAGUUCAAGCAAGCGCUCAGCAGCGAGUAUCCGCCGUACCUCCUCAAUUUCAAGGGUAGUCCAGGAGAGAGGCAUGUCGAGAAUCUGAAGAUCCUGCGAGAGGUCGGAGGACUGGCCUACACCAAAGCCGUCAGACUGAUCUCCGGUCCUGACUAUGAGUGGUUCCGAUACUUGGAGGAGACCAUCCUGGAGCACUUCAUUGGCCCGGACUGCUAUUGGAAACCUAAGGGGACUCUUCCUCGUGGCUGUACGAGGUUCUUCGGGAACGCUUGGUGGAUCCCCUUCCCCCCAACGUUGGUUAUCGAGUACGACGACGGUCCUGAGGCCGUUCUCAGUGAGGUGAAGGACUUGGAGGCCUAUGUCCGCCAAAAUUCCACCGAGGACAUCAUGCGGAAGCGACAGCUACGCAUGGCGCUUCGCGCUUUGGACGGGCAGUUCGUCAGGUGGCCCUACGACCAUGUCAAGGAGGUUGGCGACCACGACCUCUUCUGCUGUUGCGGCAAGCGCUACGGAGCCCAGACAUCCAUCCAUUACCAGGCGGGAAAGCUCACUAUCAAGCGCAACGGGCACCUGGCCUGGGAAGGCCUCGAUCUGGGCAGCGGUUUUACCGUCGAGAUCGCAUACGCCAAGGAGGUCAAGGUGAACGGGGCCGUCAUCGGGCUCACGGACGACUUCGACCUGAACCAGCCGCUCGCGCACUUCCUCGCGAUGAACGAGCAGCUCAUCCCGAGCCGACUGUCGUACAUCGAGGCCGUGCUGCACAACUACCGGCGGCAUAACAGGAAGGAGUUCGAAUGGAAGCGGCACACGCUCUCGUACCGGUUCUUGAGCAACGUGUACGACCAGCCGCGGGAGCCUGCCGGUCUGUCGGCGAGCGCGGUCGAGAUGGAGAGGGACGCGCGGGUGCGGAAGCUCAUGGCGGCGAGCGUGGACGUGUUCGGGAUCUCGUACGAGCGGUUGGAGGCGGUGACGAACUCCGAGCUUGCGACGUGGUGGUAUAUCUUCUGGGAUGACCUAUGGCGGCGGAACUACGAUGCGAUCAGUGGACUACAAAAGUAUGAGACGGACUUCAACCCGCACUAUCCCACGUCGAUCGCGUACACGCCUCUGCCUAGGGCCGCUCUGGAGAACUUCCUUACGCAGCGAGGGCUAUUGAACAAGAAGGCCAAGUUUUUCGACUUUUUCCAUGCCGGAUUCCUGAACAAGAUCUACCUCCGAAUGAAUGAUGUAGUCUACCACGGCAUGGAUGGGGCUAUCAUCUUCCACCUCGGCGACGAUACUUCCGAGCUCGACAUGGAGGAGAUCGACCUUCAGACGCUCCCUCGACCGUCCACUCUCGGGACCGGGGGAGGAACGGAGUACGACGACGACGAGAUCCGCGCUCGGCCGGUCUACCGCUGGGAAGGUAUCCUCGAUGACCCCCUCCGCGCGAAGAAGAGCCACCAACGGCGGUUCCUGUCUCGGCUUGCAGUCUGGUUUGGAGUCAGUCCGCUCUGGCGGAGUGGUGACGCGUCUCAGGGUCUGUCAUUGGAUGUCCGUCUGGAGAACGGGAAGUACGUGCUAUUGGAGGGGCAGGGGACGAUGAACGCUCGGAAGUCAGACAAGUGGAGAGAUCUGGAUGGGCAGGAGAAGUCUACGAAGUCGACGACCUAA